GAGUACAUGGGAGACCAUUAGAGUUUGUCAACAAUGUUCGAAAUUAUAUAUUAAUAUUAUUAAUAAAAUGGUAGUGUAUUGUUUUGUAGAAGGCUGCAAAUCAACAAAAUAUAAAAGCAAGAGAGAAGAAGAAAAACUUCCUAUAUCUUUUUAUGGCUUUCCCAGUGAUAAAAAUUUAAAAGAAAAAUGGAUAAAUGCUUUGUUUGCUUUAAAUAAUCAAAAAAAUGUAAAAAAUCUACCUAAAUACAGUAGAAUCUGUAUUAAACACUUUGCAAGUGAUCAAAUAGAACAAUUUGGUAUGAUGAGAGUUCGUCUGAAAAAAAAUGCUAUUCCAACAAUAUUUCCUAAAGCAGUACAAAAAUGUGAGGAACUACAUAAUGAAGAAGCAAAACCUGUUCAUUUAGAACAUUCCGAGAUGUUAAAGUCUCAUGUAGAAUCUCAAAUAAAUCCGCAAAGCACUAAAGAAUUCAAUGGAAUAGACAAAAUAAAAUGUAAUCGAUUAUUUUCACAAGAACAUGAAUUAGUACAGAAAAUGAUGACUUGUAAGGAAACUGAUUCAAGUACUUCAAACAUGGAAAUAAAGGUAGAGAAUAACAUGGAAAGAAUAAAUAAAAAAUCGAACCGAACGAGUCAAAUAAGAUAUCCUGGAGAUAUAUACUCUUUAUCUUUGGAUAAUAAAUCGUCGGAUGAGAUUGCAAAGAUAAUCACAAUAUUUAAAAAAUCUUGUAAGAAAAAGGACAAAACUAUAAAACGUCUACAAACGCAAAAUUAUCGCCAAAAAAAGAAAAUACAAAAUAUGAAACAAAUGUUUGAAAAGUUAAGAAAAGAAUAUAAUUUGUCAUCAAAUUGUUGCAAGAUAUUUCAAGUUAAUAAAAAUUAAAUUUUUUUUUAAUUAUACAGUUAAUUAUACAGAUUUUACAUACAUACACGCAUAUACGCAUAUACACGCAAAUACAUAUAAUAAAUAAAUAUAUAUACAGAGAUUACAUGUAUUUAUAUUUUCUUAAAUUUAAUAUUAAAUAAAAUUUAAUAAGGUAACAGGGGGAGUUAGUGAUACUGUUGCAGGUUCUGAUACCGACAGUACAUUUAUAUUUGUAAUAAAUAAAGUUUACGUUAAAUAUAAAAAAAAUUGCAGGCAAAUUAAA